AUGGGCAUCUUGUUGAGAAUGUUGAAUUUUGCAAAUUGCAAAAAAUCAAAUCAAAUAAAGCCACAAAAUUUGUUGCAGAUUUCGCAUCAACAACCUGCUGCUUUAAAGAGAUGCUUUUAUUGUUUGGGAUGUAUUGCAAAUGUUAUUUCAUGUCUGAAAUAUGUUUACAAUGAUUCUUUAAAUUUAAUUCACAUUAUUGAAACUCAGCCAAUGAUCAAUCAGCAGCCUGUUGAUAAUUCUGCAACAUUAUUGGUUCAAUUGAAAGCUGCACCCUUUCAAGAUCACUACAGUGGUGAGAAAACAAACAAACAGACGGCUUGUGGGAUGAAAUCAGAAAAAAAAAUAUAA